AUGGAUAAUAAUCAUCCUUAUUACGGAAAUAACCCACAAAAUCCAAACAACUCUCAAAAUUCAUAUUUUCGUCCAUAUCAAUAUAUCCCACAACAUACAAACAACCCACAAAAUCCAAACAUUAUUCAAAAUUCCAACUCUAAUCCUCAAUUUGAUCCAAAUUUUGAAAAUACUCUUAAAUUUCAAAUCAUGAUGAGGCAAUAUAUAGCACAAAAUCAAAAUAACAUUCAAAGUUUCAACUUUAUUCAUCAUCAAACCACUUUAAAUUUGGGAAAUAAUCAACCAAUACUUUUCCAAUCACAAAACCAAGAUCAAUCUCCUUCUACCCCAAGAGCACAUAGGAGUAGAAACAGAUCAAGGUUUGAUGAAAUGUUUCCUACUCAACAGCUAGCUGACGAUGAGGUUGAGAAUGAAGUAACAAAGGGAAAGGAAGAGGAAAAGAAAAAGGAAAAGGUGAACAGAGAUAUAUGGUCUUGUGAAGAAGAUUUGUGUGUUAUUUCCACUGUACUUAAUUGCGGAGGUGAUAUAGUAGUUGGAACUGAUAUAACGAAAGCAACAUUAUGGAAGAAGAUAAUACAAAUUUACAAUGAUGAGGUAAGAAAAAGGCCAAAUAUAAUCCAAAAAAGAACUGAAAAAUCUAUAAGAGGUCGAUGGGGUCUAAUUAAUGGUGAUGAUUGGGAGAGGUGGAAAGAAUGCGAGAUAGUGGUACGAAUGUUGACGACGUGGAACAGACAACAUUACUCCUCUUCGAACAAACACAUGAAUCAAAUGAAGAUGGAGCUUGAUCUUAUCACUUCUUAAGCCAAUAAUCAUCAACUUUUGAAAAGUCAAGUAUUAUCUUUUGGAGCUUGGAUAUCAUUUUCUUUUGGGUAAUUGAAGAUCUACUUCUUUGAAGCUUGGAGCCUUGAAGACUUUCUCUUUUGGAGCUUAUUUCUUUAAAGUUCUUAUUUUUCUAUUAUUAUUCUCUUACUUGGUUUAGCACCACCUUCGGAGGAAAAUGUAUUUUGCAGGAAAAUUUAGCUCAGGUUUCGAUCCAGGCCGCAACUUUAAUUAUUCUAUCGAGGACUUAGCUUCAAUGAUUUUACUUGAUGACUAUAUUGUACUUAUGUUUUUUUUAUCGUAUUUAAGUAAACCUUAUUUUAUAUUUUCUCAGUUGUAAGAUAUAUAUAUUUUUUUUUUACUUAUGUUUUGAACAAUUUUAGUUUAAAUGGUUUUUAGCAGUUCGGCGUUUUACACUUCCGCAUUAUUUAUCUUAAGUAUAAUUAUUAAUGUUAAUUAUGUAUCGAGAGUGUCGUUCCUGCUACAAUGGAGACCAGGCGAAUACUCGACCGAUCUUACUAUUGAUAGCUCUAAAAGAUCAAGUGAUGAAGUUGGAUUACCAAGGUCUGAUGGAGUGAAGAAGGUGAAGGCACAAAGAAAAAUGAAGGGGAUUUCCACUUCCUCGGAUACGAAUGUGAUAAAUGUCGCUAUGAGUAGGAUUGAUAGUGGAAGAGACUUGGUUCAUGAGAAAUUAAACAAUGCUAUGCAAUUUCAAAAGACACAACAUGAGCAAAAGUUAAGGUUUCAAACGUGAAAGUUACUUACGAAAAAAGAGAUGAAAAAUAUCACUCUUACUGACGAGGAAAUCGCAUAUCUAGAGGAG